AUGGACGUGCGAGGCAACCUGAUGGUCGUCGGAACGGCCGAACGCAAGAUCCAAAUCAUCAACCUGCAAAGCCCCACCACCGUCUUCAAGACGCUCGACUCGCCGCUGCGAUGGCAAACUCGAGCAGUCCGUUUCAGAAAUUUUCCCUCGUCGCUGGUCAGGGCGUCACGCUUACAUUUGAACCUCCUCGAUGCCACAGGUCUCGUGCUUCCCUGAUGCGUCCGGAUAUGCCAUCGGAACAAUAGAAGGACGUGUAGCCAUCCAGUGAGUUCUGCUUACUUUAUUGAAUUGUGCUAGACCCAUCGAGCUGACCCGAGAAAUCCACCCGAGAAAUCCCAAAGACAUCUCGACGAGAAGAUGCAGUCCGCCAACUUCACUUUCAAGGUAUGUCAUCCCUCCAUCCAAUUUCCCUAAUCUUCAAACCUCUGAUAAUAAUCAUCCACAACAGUGCCACCGCAAAGACAACCCCGCCCCCUCGAAAUCACAAACCGUCUACGCGGUCAAUGCGAUCUCCUUCCACCCCUUGGGCACGUUCACCACCGCAGGAUCGGACGGGACAUGGCAUUCAUGGGAUUACAGCGCCAAGACACGGCUCAAGUGUGAGCAACCCCUGAACGCUCUGGAAGCGAGGCUCCUGUCUUCGGAACCCCCCCCCCCCCCCCCUCUCUGACGCUAUGCUUUCUUGAACAGCAUUCGAUUUCAAAGGCGGCCCGAUCGUCGCGACCGACUUCAAUUCGACGGGCAGCAUCUUCGCCUACGCCGUCGCGAAUGAUUGGUCCCAAGGGCAUACGGGCAACCGACCCGACUUUAUCAACAAGGUCUUCUUGCAUCCUUGUAAAGUAAGUCAAACCGAGCUAAUUCAUAGUCUUGCGCGUUCGAACGAGCCUGACCUUACGCCUCUCAUCGAAAAGGACGACGAAGUCAAACCCCGAGCCAAGAAGUAG